GCUUGGGGCAGAAUGGCAAGAUGGCAAUUUAACGAAAGGGUUGGAGAUAUAAUUACUCUUAUUGGUCAAUUUGCUUUAAUUGGUCAACUCGCCGGUACUGUAUUUGACGGCCAAGAUGUAAAAUGUCCUUGGGAUUUGGACAAUUUCACUUCUUUUGCUUUAAUUAGACAACCAUCAGAUGAAUCUUCAGAAAUUUUUGAUGAAGUUUGGCUUUAUAAUAGCAGUAAUCAACCCUUAUUUGUUUGUAUUUCCAAAAAUGCAGUCAGAGCAACAUCAUCAACUAGUGAAGCUCCAAACAUUCGUAGACUAUCACCCGGUUAUUGUAUUCGUGUACAUCGAGUAUCUCCAUCUACAAAUUUAUCAUCAUCAUCCCCUCCUCUUCGUUGUUCACCUCACAAAACAAUUAUUGCCAAUGAUAUUUCUUCUCCACAACAUUUUGUAGGAGAGACAACAACAACACAAAUUUCUUCUUCUUCUUUACCUGUUUCAAUGUUAACAAUAAGUAUAGGUUCGGGUUGGGGUGCAAAUUAUGAUCAAAAAUCUGUUGCAAAUCUUGAAUGUCGUUAUGAAGUGAUUUUUACUUGA